GUUAUACUGUCCUACCAAAAACAGUACGAAUGGUUACCGUAGCGUCCGUAGCUUUAAAUAAAUAAAAUAAUAGUAUUAACUUUAAGCUUUAUGUCUAAUCUAACGACCAGUAGCAUUAACUAAACAAACAGUGAAUUUAUUUAUUGAAUUCCAGUGCCUUGUUCGAUUUAUAAGUAAAAACCUAUAUCUACUGUACCAUAGAUUAUAAACUUAAUAUAUUUGAGUUACUGUACAAACUGUACAUAAAGGUACGUACUAAAUUAUGUAGUUACGGUACCGUACUGAUAAGAAAAUUAUUUUGUAAAGCAAUUUUCAUAAGCAUUACGUGGCUGAAAAUUAAACUAUGUUUUGAUUUUGAAAGCAAAAGAUAUUUUAAACGUCUUAAAAAUGUUGCAAUCAUUGGUGUUUGGUGGACGGAAGGCGGCUGAUAGAUACAAACUUUCAAAUUUAUUAUUUCAUGUCAGAACUAUGUCAGCAGUUCAUAAAGACACCACUUUCUUUUUCAGACAGUUAUUUGAUACAGUGAGUAGCACAUAUACAUAUUUACUUGGAGAUAAGAAGACUGGUGAAGUGGUCCUCAUAGAUCCAGUUUUAGAACACGCCGAGAGGGAUGCUAAGUUAAUACAGGAACUUGGCUUUAAACUCAUUUAUGCUAUGAACACACACAUGCACGCCGACCAUAUAACCGGCACUGGGAAGUUGAAGUCACUCGUACCGGGUACUAAAAGCGUCAUAGGCAAGGAUUCGGGUGCCCAAGCCGAUAUCCACCUGCUCGACGGUGACCUGGUGCGGUUCGGGAGCCACGAACUCCUCGCUGCUGCGACUCCGGGCCACACUAAUGGAUGCUUGACUUACAUAUGUCACGAACAGUCAUUGGCGUUCACUGGUGACACCCUCUUGAUCCGGGGUUGCGGCCGCACCGAUUUCCAGGAGGGUAACUCUGAGACCCUCUACAAAUCGGUCCACAAUAGAAUAUUCACGUUGCCCGACGAGUACGUGCUGUAUCCCGCGCACGAUUACCGAGGGCAGACAGCGACAUCUGUCGCCGAAGAGAAGAAAUACAAUCCCAGAUUGACGAAGUCGCUUGCCGAGUUCGUUGAGAUCAUGGAUAAUUUGAAUUUGCCGUAUCCGAAAAUGAUAAAUAAAGCGGUGCCGGCGAACCGUGUUUGCGGAUUAUUUUGAAGCUAAAUACAACAGAAUAAUACAGCAGACAAAAUUAAGAGAAAAAAAUCAACAGAUUAAAUUUUAUAUUUUCUGUAUUUUUCUGCGAAACAUUCGGUUUGAAAAAUAAUUUGAAAAGUAAUGAAAUAAAUUGUUUGUGGGAUAAGUAUAAAAUGAUAAUUAAUGUCUGUGAUAAAGUAAUUAUGUGAUUUAGCAAUUAAAUUAUGCUUUUUUUUGUUCUAUAUUAAAUUUGAGACAAUGUACAAACGGAAAUUAGACUCUCUUUUUUUGUAUAAACUAAAAUGUUAUUUGUAUUGUUUCAUGUGUAUUUGUUUAGUUUCUUAUAUGACUGUCACUAAAUGCAUAAAAAAUACUUAAACUUAUUACAAACUAUUAGCGCGCCACCUGUCGGCCUCUAUGUUAAUUGUACUGCCAUUACAAAUACAUAAUUCAAUGCUUGAAAGGCAAACGUGACUAAACGAAAAUAACUGCUUUGUACAUAAAUGAUAGGCAAUAAACGUAUUUGAUGCGUAAAAAAAAAAAAUUCUAUGUCUAUUAAAAUCAUUUCAAUCCUACAGCUAGAUUCGUUAAAAUAUAAUUGUUUUCAGGUAUUUCAACUUUAAAUUAGUCUACUGUAAAGUUCACGCAUUGUCGCUUAGUCACGUUUGCCUUUCAAGCGUCGGUUAUAAAUUUUGUAAAUAAAAAAGACAUUUUCAAGUUAGCGAACAUUUAAUGGUACUGUUUUGUUGAACAUAUAUAUAAAUUAUUGAAUUUAUUUACUCAUGUAAGUAUAAUACAAAAGUAGAAUUAAGUGAAUUGCGAUAUAUUAACAGAAUUAUCAUUAUAAUGUUGUUAUUUUUUUAAAUAAACGAUAUAAAUAUUAA